AAAUCAUCAUCAUCAUCAUUAUCAUCGAAAAUCAUUGCCAAUGGCCAAUAUCAAUGAUACUGAUCGAUUGUCUUUCAAUUUUUUUAUCAUACGAAAAUUGCUUACAUCAUCAUCAUCAUCACCAAUAGAUGAUGAUAAUGAUGGAUCAUCAAUGAUUAAAGAUCCAAAAUUUCCACCAGAUCUUUUUACUGAAAAACAACGUAGAAAUGGUGCCAUUAUAUUUCAUAUAAUUGGAAUGAUUUAUAUGUUUGUUGCAUUAGCAAUCGUAUGUGAUGAAUUUUUCAUACCAUCAUUGGAUGUGAUUACUGAAAAAUUGGCUAUUAGUGAAGAUGUUGCCGGCGCUACAUUUAUGGCAGCCGGUGGAUCUGCUCCAGAACUAUUCACAUCGAUCAUUGGUGUAUUCAUUAGUUUUGAUGAUGUUGGAAUCGGCACCAUUGUCGGUUCGGCCGUAUUCAACAUAUUGUUUGUAUUAUCAAUGUGUGCUAUAUUUUCAAAAAAUGUACUCGAUCUAACAUGGUGGCCAUUAUUUCGUGAUGUAUCAUUCUAUUCAUUGAUAUUGAUCACAUUGGUUAUAUUUUUCAUUGAUUCAACAAUAUUCUGGUAUGAAGCAUUGAUUCUAUUAACCUGGUAUGCAGCCUAUGUUAUAUUUAUGAAAUUUAAUGAAUCAAUUGAACAAUUUGUAAAACGAAUAAUAAAUGGUGCCAAAGUCAAUAAUAAUGGCAAUGAUGAUGUAAUGAAUAUACCGUCAAACUAUCAGUUUAAACGUAAAUCAUCUACACCAAUGUUACAUGGUGGUACAAAAUUUCGUCAAGGUCUAUUACAAUUAAUGAUACAUUCAAUUGAUCCAUUAUAUGAAGAACCAUUACAGAUGGCACAAACAAAUAUUAUAGAUGGCAAUAUUAUGUCGUCGACAACAACAACAACUAUUGCCUCUAAAUCACAUAUACAUCCACCUGGUGCUGCAUAUUGUCCAAUUUGUGGUGAAGAUAAACAUCAAAUUAAAUUAGAUUCGAAUGGUAUAUUUCAUACACAUGAUCAUCAUCAAUAUCAACAACAACAACAACAACAACAACAACAACAACAACAAAAUAAUGGAAAUAGUAAUUAUCAUCAUUAUGAUGAUGAUGAUGAUCAAAAUCAUAAAGAUGGUAUUAUCAUUAUCGAUAAUCAUCAUCAUCAUCACAAUAAUAAUAAUAAUAACGCACAUAAUAAUAAUAAUCAAACGGUGAAUGGUAAUCAUUUAUCUCAUCAGGAUACGAUUACAGGGACAGAAAAUAAUGAUGUACCAUUAGAUGUUUCAUGGCCAGAAACAUUACGUGAACGAUUGACAUAUUGUCUAUUGGCACCGAUAAUCAUUCCAUUAUGGUUAACAUUACCAGAUGUUCGACGUGCUGACAAACGUAAAUGGUUUACAAUCACAUUCAUUGGUUCAAUAAUGUGGAUUGGUCUUUAUUCAUAUUUUAUGGUUUGGUGGGCAACAUUGGUUGGUGAUACAUUUCGUAUACCAUCCGAAAUAAUGGGAUUAACAUUUUUGGCUGCCGGUACAUCGAUACCAGAUCUAAUUACAUCGGUAUUGGUUGCACGUAAAGGUCUUGGUGAUAUGGCCGUAUCCAGUUCCAUUGGUAGCAAUAUAUUUGAUGUGGCUGUUGGAUUACCAUUUCCAUGGCUAAUUUAUACCAUACUAUUCGGUCAGGUGAAUGUCAAUUCAUCUGGAAUGAUUUGUUCAGUGAUAUUAUUAUUUUUAAUGUUAUUAUUCGUUAUAAUCACCAUUGCUGCAUUCAAAUGGCGUCUGAACAUUAGUAUGGCAGCCGUUAUGUUUGCAUUGUAUUUUUUCUUUAUUGCCUGUUCAUUGAUGCUAGAAAAUGAUGUAAUCAAAUGUUCUUCCAUUAUUAAUAUUUUUGCAUUUUGAAUCAUCAAUAAUCAAAAAAAAUCAUCAUUCCGUAUUCAAAUUCGUCAAUUUUAUCAUCCAACAAGAAUAUUCUUCUUUUAUCUUGGCAAUAAUAAACUUUAUAGAAAUUUCUCAUUCAUUCAACAUGUAGAAUUUUUAAAACAACAACAAAAACGAAAAAC